CAAAACGAAAAACGUGCACGGUGCUAAUAAUUAGGCCUACUUCAACAAGUUAAAUAUAUGCAAAAUGCCUCAGGGUAAAUUUAAAAAGGCAAAGCUGCCUGCUGCUAUACAGAAAAAGCAAAAGCAGCAAAAACAAGCCGCAUUCACGCGACGUUCAAAUGCGCCCAUACAGGCAAGGAAGUCAAAGUUUAACGAGACGCAGAAAAUAAAGUCAGUUAUUUCGAAAUCAGUCAACAAGAGUGUGGAGAAUGAACUGCGUUCCCGUGCUCACGAGGGCUACAUACAGCUUAGCAAGGCGCAGGAGGCGGUGGCCAAGCAUCACUCUUCUGUUGCGGCUGCUGCAGCAGCAGCUAGCACCAGUACAACGAGCAAGGUGGAGUAAAGGAAUAAUCCAACGUGUUGUCUGAUGAAAUGUGUAUAUCUAUAUGCGGGUGGAUAAAUGACUAUUCUAGUACUUCUCAUGUCAAUUGGACUUCGUGAAACUUCAUUGCCUAGAUUUGAGAUUCAAUUAACAAGCGAAUCAAAGAUUUGUAUUAAACUGUAAAGGAAUGUGUACCUCACGCACGAAAAAUACGUAUAAUAUAAGCACACAGCUAUGUACAUAUGCAAAAUAAAUAAUUUACAAUUUCACA